CCUUUUCUUCUUCCUCGUCUAUUGUUUAUUAAAUAGAGCUCCUUUUGAUCUUCCAUUCCAUGGACUUUUCUAUGAAAAGAAGAACUCUUCUUAAGGUUAUCGUCCUUGGGGAUAGUGGGGUGGGGAAGACUUCUUUAAUGAAUCAAUAUGUGUAUAAAAAGUUCAGUCAACAGUAUAAGCCUACAAUAGGUGCUGAUUUUAUGACAAAGGAACUACAGACUGAUGACAAAUUGGUGACUUUGCAAAUUUGGGACACAGCAGGCCAAGAAAGGUUCCAAAGCCUUGGUUCUGCAUUUUACAGAGGAGCAGAUUGUUGUAUUCUUGUAUAUGAUGUGAAUGUUCCUAAGUCAUUUGAGACUCUCCAUAAUUGGCAUGAAGAAUUUCUCAAACAGGCAGAUCCAGCGGACCCCGAGAUCUUUCCCUUUGUGUUAGUCGGAAACAAGGUGGACAUAGAUGGCGGACACAGCCGAAUGGUUUCUGAGAGAAGAGCUAGGGAAUGGUGCGCAUCCAAGGGAAACAUACCUUACUUUGAGACCUCGGCGAAGGAGAAUCACAACGUCGAUGAAGCGUUCCUAUGUGCAGCGAAAACUUCGCUAGCCAAUGAACACCAACAAGACAUUUACUACCAAGGUAUCUCCGAAACCGUUUCGGAGCCAGAACCAAGAGGAGGCUGUGCGUGCUAAAUAUUUGCUGACCAAUAA